AUGAUCGAAUGGGCAAAAACGUUACCUGCCUACCAGCAAUUGCCUAUAAACGAUCGAAUUGCUCUUCUACGACAUUCAGCCAUUACCUAUCCAUCCUUAGUCUGGUGCUUCUAUUCUCCAGAUCAAGGCCCCGAAACAAUAGUUUUUCCAAAUGGCGCUUAUUUCAAUAAGUCUCCAGAGCCACAACGGCCGGGAGGAUUUAUUCGCCGUAAGCACCAGAUGCUCGACCAAUUAUUGCAGCCGGUUCGUCAAAUGGAAAUUGACUCCACGGAAUUCUCGGCAUUCAAAACGAUCUUCUUUCUAAAUCCUGAUGCCGAUGAUCUCAAUCCGGCUUCGAAGCCCAUCCUUUCCGAAGGCAGAAGCGCGACAACAAAUGCACUCUAUCGAUAUAUGGUGAAGAGAAGAGGAGCAGAAGAUGCUGGUGACCGGUUUGGACGCAUUCUCUUGCUUGGCACUGUUCUUGCUACCAUGGCCGUUGAAAUGAGAGAAGCCGUCGUCGUUGCUGACUUCUUUGACCAAAUCAAAUUUUCUCCCUUCGCCAAGCAGCUAUUAUUUGGUGUGAAAAAUGAAGAAAUGUCG